AGAAAGAGCGAAGCUCUGGCCCGGCGCGGAGUAGGCGCAGUACGGGGACGCUGGGCCGGGGUACCAGGCUGUGUUGAGACGUGAGCGUGCUCACCUGACUCCGUUCAAGCUACCCCGAGCCAAAAACAGCAAGCUCCUGAAGCCCGCCCCGAGGUCUCUGUCCUCCGCGCCCUCCGCUCCGGCCCUCGGCCCGGGGUCGUCGUCUUGCACUCAGCUUGCCGCUCCCGACCCUCCCCGUAUCCCCGCCCUGCCGCCCCUUCUCCCCUACCAGGCGGCGGAGUCUGGUGAAAUCAUCCCCGAAGCAUCCCCUUCCCAGGAGACGUGUCAACAUUUUUGGUGAAGAGCUUGAAAGACUUCUUAAAAAGAAAUAUGAAGGGCACUGGUAUCCUGAAAAGCCAUACAAAGGAUCAGGGUUUAGAUGUAUACAUAUAGGGGAGAAAGUGGACCCAGUGAUUGAACAAGCAUCCAAAGAGAGUGGUUUGGACAUUGAUGAUGUUCGCAGCAACCUGCCGCAGGAUCUUAGUGUUUGGAUCGACCCAUUUGAAGUUUCCUACCAAAUUGGUGAAAAGGGACCAGUGAAGGUGCUUUAUGUGGAUGAUAAUAGUGAAAACGGAUGUGAGUUGGAUAAGGAGAUUAAAAACAGCUUUAACCCAGAGGCCCAGGUUUUUAUGCCCAUAAGUGACCCAGCCUCAUCAGUGUCCAGCUCACCUUCGCCUCCCUUCGGUCACUCUGCUGCUGUAAGCCCUACCUUCAUGCCCCGGUCCACUCAGCCUUUAACCUUCACCACUGCCACUUUUGCUGCCACCAAGUUCGGCUCUACCAAAAUGAAGAAUAGUGGCCGUAGCAACAAAGUUGCGCGUACUUCUCCUAUCAACCUCGGCUUGAAUGUGAAUGACCUCUUGAAGCAGAAAGCCAUUUCCUCCUCGAUGCACUCUCUGUACGGGCUCGGCCUGGGCAGCCAGCAGCAGCCACAGCAGCCGCAGCAGCCAGCCCAGCCGCCACUGCCACCACCACCCCAGCAGCAACAGCAGCAGAAAACCUCUGCUCUUUCUCCUAAUGCCAAGGAAUUUAUUUUUCCUAAUAUGCAGGGUCAAGGUAGUAGUACCAAUGGAAUGUUCCCAGGUGACAACCCCCUUAACCUCAGUCCUCUCCAGUACAGUAAUGCCUUUGAUGUGUUUGCAGCCUAUGGAGGCCUCAACGAGAAAUCUUUUGUAGAUGGCUUGAAUUUUAGUUUAAAUAACAUGCAGUAUUCUAACCAGCAAUUCCAGCCUGUUAUGGCUAACUAAAAAAAGAAAAAAUAUGAAUUCAGAUGCACGGCCAAGGGGUUUUUUUUUUUUCAAUGCCCCCUUGAGAUUUUUUUUUUUUUUUUUUUUAGCUAAGAGUAAGGAUACAUUCAAGCUUGGUUACAAAAAUAAAACACGCAUCAUUUUUCAUUUGCCAGCCAAGCACAAAAUUAUUUUAUACUGACUGUAUAUUUUAAAGUAUACUCUCAGAUAUGGCCUCUUACAGUAUUUAAGAUAUAGCAAGGACAUGGCUGAUUUUUUCUUUUUCUCUUUUUUUUUUAUAAAAAAUUGGCACUAAUAAGUGGGUUUAUUGGUCUUUUCUAAUUGUAUAAUUUAAUUUAGUACAAAGUUUGUAAAAUAUCAGAGGAUAUAUAUAUUGUUUCUACGACAUGGUAUUGCAUUUAUAUCUUUUUACUACAGUGAUCUGUGACAGCAGCAGCUUCAUGUUGUAUUUUUUUUACUGAAAUUGUAAAAUAUCCAUCUUAAAGACAUCAACUCUUCUAAAAAUUGUGUACAGGAUAUUCCUUUAGUGGUGGAAUUAAAAUGUACGAAUAUUUGCUUUUUCAAAAAAAAUGUAUUUUCUGUUAAAGGUUUAAAGAUUUUUGCUAUAUAUUAUGGAAGAAAAUGUAAUCGUAAAUAUUAAUUUUGUACCUAUAUUGUGCAAUACUUGAAAAAAACGGUAUAAAAGUAUUUUGAGUCAGUGUCUUACAUGUUAAGAGGGACUGAAAUAGUUUAUAUUAAGUUUGUAUUAAAAUUCUUUAAAAUUA